UUUGUCUGUCAUUUAUAUUUUAUCACCAUGUUCUUGUGUGAAGUCGCUGUAGGAAUAGACCAAGAGUUCAGAUGAUAAUGAAAAUUUCAAAGGAUAUGUUAUAUUUAUUCAUCAUUGCUUUGUUGUAGUUACUGUGAGGAACAAAGAUGUUAUGGAGGACAAGUCCCUAUCAUCUAAAACGACGCCUACAUGGCAAAACUGCGUCCACUGUCCGAGCUUGCUGUUUAGCAGCGCUUUGGAAUUUGAAAGGCAUGUUAAGGACAAGCAUAGCUUAAAGGAGGGAUCAAUUAUACUAUGUCAAUAUGGACAAAACGGUAUAUGCUCCGCUCUACAGUUUGGUGACUUACGAAAAGCUGGUUUUAAAUACCAUGUGAGGGAAUAUCAUCUGUAUGCUAAAGGCAAUUCAGAAGAUUGGACAUUUUAUUCAUCAUCACAAAAUCUUCCAGCUGUGUUAAAUGAUCCUAAUAAGGGUAAACAAAGUAAUUUUUUUACUAAAACAUGGGGUGACAGUUUCGUUGAAAAAAUCGAAAUUCACCCUAGCCCAUACUUACCAGAUAUAGGUUUAUCACAUUUUGAGUCAUAUUGUAAAAAAAUUUCAAGAAGGUAUCGAAGACACUGUCAAUUAAAGGAAGCCCCACCUGUCAAAAGUAAGCUCAAGGUUACUGUAGCCGAAGAAAAUAUCUGUGAAGUACCAAACAUAUUUUAUUCACAAACAUUACCUUUAAAUGAUCCACAAAUAUUUAGUCAAGUUUUUCCAGGUCUUUCAAAGUCAUCAGACUCUAGCUCUGCAAUUAGAUCUCUUCAGGAAACAUUGAGUACUUACUUGGAUGUCAUAGAGAUGAAAAUAUCAAAACAAGUUGCCCAAAAGUCUGAUGCAUUUUUUCAUGCUAUGCUUUCACAUGAUACUAUCAUGGAACAGAUGGCAAAAGCAGUUAAAACAGUGCAGAAUACUAGGUGCAAUAUUACAACCGUCAAAAAUAACUUAACACAAUGUCCCCUGCAAUUGAUAAGCUUUACAAGAAUUAAUAAUAACUUAAAUAAUGUGCAUGAGUUAUUAAAACUAAUAGGAACAGUUCAGCAAACACAACCCAUGAUACAACUGUUACUUAGUACAUCAGACUAUGUAGCCGCUCUAGAUUUAAUAAGUUCUACGCAAAAAGUCUUAUCAACUCGCCUUUCAGGCAUACAAGCUUUCCGUCAUCUUUCCCCACAACUGACUGAAAUGAGAAGAUUGAUACAUAAAAUGUUGAGUAAUGAAUUUCUAAGAUUUGUUGUGACUGAUUUAAAUAGACCACUUAUAGAUCAUACUGAUUUACCAGACAGGGACAAAAUAGUUUCCAUAGUAUCUGGUAUACUUCGCCUCAAGGAAUUUGAUUUCCUCGAUAUCUUUAAAGCUGAAGCAAUGACAUCAAUUCAAGCAACUAUUAAACAAUGUGUCAUAGAAAUAAUCUCUGAAAGGGAUGGGAACAAUGAAAUAGUACUGAGAGGCUCUCAGUCUGAUAACACUUGGCUUAUGUGCAAUGAAGGUAUUGUUUUUCUACAAAAAGUUACACCAAACUUGGUUAUCAUUUUUAAAAGAAUUUUGUGUUUGAGCAGCUUAAUUUUAGAUAUCAGUCAGAUGGAUGAUGUAACUGGCAAUGAGAGUGAAGAAAUGUGGACACAAGAGGAGAUAGCGUCUAUAAGCGAUAAGAUUAAGAAGAUGAUAGGUUCCCUCUCAGAUUACUGCAAUGAAAGAUGUGCCAAUCUUAUAGUGACCAAGACUGAUAAGGAUUAUAUAUUUUCAGAUCUUACACAGUUGGCUAAAUUAACAGAAUUAAUAGACACUUUUUCUAAUGAGUGUGAAAAAAUAACUGGACAUUACAGCAACACAAUGAAGUUGGCAUUAAGAAGUGUUGCAAUGAAAUAUAUACAGAGUCUGCAUACAGAACGUAGGAUGCAGCUCACCAAUACUUUAAAUGCUGAGAGAUGGAAAAUAGCUGAUGUUCCCUAUGAAUUGCAAAGUGUUGUUCAUAAAAUUUGUGAAUUUGGUAAAAUACCACAUACACUUCAAUAUGAAAGUGGAAAACCAGAUGGAAAGUACUUAGUUAUCAAUAAAGAAAACUAUGCAGUUGUGGCUACAGUUCAACUUCUAAUUAAGAUUCUACUAGAGUAUUGUGAUGCUACAAAGCAAUCUCCAGACAUAGUACAAUAUUUAGUGCAUUGUAUGUUAGAACUUAUAAGAUUAUUUAAUUCCCGCUGUUGUCUGCUGGUUUUAGGAGCUGGAGCAAUACAAAGUGCAGGACUAAAAACAAUUUCCACAUCAAAUCUAGCUCUUGUGUCGCGAUCAUUGCAAGUUGUUUUAUGGCUUUUGCCUCUGAUAUUAGAUUUGCUAGACAAGUUACAUUCUAAAGAAUUAACAUUAAAUGGUUUUACCAAUAUAGAAAAUGAUCUAGUUAGCCAUAAACAAGAAAUAGAGAAUAAAAUUUGCAUUAUAGUUAGUACAAUGCUCAGUUCACAACUGACCAGUUGGGAUGCAAAACCUCCAGUUCCUUCUCAGACAUUCCGGAAUAUAUCAAAGCACUUGGUGAAAUUGCAUGAAGCACUUAUUGAUAUCCUGCCCAUAGAACAAAUAAGGUCCAUUUAUAUGAAAGUACAUGAUAAUUUCAAAGACAAAUUAAGAGAACAAUUAGUCAAAAUGAACAUAGUAGCCAAUGGUAGUCCUCAGCAUGGGGUGGUCACCUCUGAGCUAACAUUUUAUCUUCAAACUCUGAAAACUCUUAGGAUAAUAAAUGAAAAUGAUACUGAAGAUAACAUACUGUAUGAUAUCUGGUUGAAUUAAAAUAUAUGUACAUAGUGGAUUAAAGGUUAUUGUAUGUGUAAAAAUGUAGUAAGAAGUCAUCGUAAAGUAUUUUACUAGCAAAUAAAGAAGUUUGACUUCUAGUCAUGUCAUAAUGAACUAAUUAUUUGUACGGCCUUUUAUACUUUCACAUUGUAGGUUGGUGGCAACUUUUUAUAUUUUUUUUUUUACAUUAAUGCAAAGUAAUAGCAAAUUUAAAUAACAAUAACUUAUACUUGAUUUUAUCAGAGAUACUUUUUGUUUUAACAAUUAUGUUAAUUUUUAUAUUACAUUAGUCAUUAAAUAAUAAUAAUUUGGAAAUAACCUGGUAAUUCUAAAUUAGGGAAAAUGAAAGGUUUAAUUAAGAUAAUGGCUGGCAUUGAAACUUUCAUUUAUAAUGUGUGAAACCAAAGUUACUUCUUAAUACUGCAGUUUAAAGUAUUUUUACCCACCUGUUUUUCAUUAUCCUCAGUUGCUAUUGCUAUUUUGAUGAAAAUAAUAGAUGUGGGGAAUAUUUGUUAUGAGACAGGUGUUGUACAUUCCAUUAUUUUCACUUGUAAUAUUUUGUUAUAGCUUUUAGUGUGGUGCUUAGAAUCUCUACUUUUGUCAUUGAAAAAUAAUAGUGGACACGAAAUUACAAUCAAUUGUUUGAUUGUCAAAACGAAACGGAAUAUUAGUUUAGGAAUAUAUGGAGAUUGCAUGAAGUAAGGUGAUGACAAUUGUAACUGCAGAACUGUCUUGUAAUAAUCAGGGGAUUUGCAAUCUAAAAUAAACAUAUGUGUGAUAUAUAACAAGUGAAUAGAGCUUCAACUUGCUAACGAUUCACACGCAGGCAGAACUUAGGAAGAAGGUGUUUGGAUGGUAGGUAGUAAAGGUCUUAUUUGUUUAAAAAUGGCUACAUUUAUAUAUAUAUCAAUUUUUAAAGCAUUCAUAUCUUUUAUUUGUUAGAGGUAAAAAAAAACAUGGUUGAUUAAAAUUCAAACCUUAACAUUAAAUUAUUACCAAGUUAUGAUUUUCAUGGAAUUGUUAAUUUGCAUGAACUAUUUUUUAUUAUGUUGUCACGUAAAACCUUUAAAACCAGAUAAAAAUAAUCAAUGAAUGUUUAUUACGAAUACGUAUUUAACAUGUAUGUAGCAUAAAUAUUGUGUAUGCUACAAAAUGGUGCUUUUAAAUUUGUGUCAUCUUUGUAUCGUCAUGGCUAAAAAUGUUGAGAUAAAAAAAUAAGUAAACAUCGCAUUACCUUUUAAAUACAUGCUGAUAUUGUAAAGUGUCCGAUAAUGUAAUACAACUGUGUGAUAUAAUUUAAAUAAACAAUUUGUUUUAUAGAAGUAAGUUUAAAUUAUGUUUGAUAUAUUCGAUAUGUAAUGUUCGUAAAUUCUUCAUUAAAUAAGUCAAAGAUGGUUUUGAUUUUUUACAACUAUUUCAUCUUUUAAAACAGGUAUGAUUUGUUGAACUUGUUGACAUUAGAAAGUAUUAAACUUUUCAUAUCUUGCUCAUGGCGUUUCGCAUAGGUGCUGAUUCGCUUUCGCGUCAGUGUGUUACAGGCCUGAGGCUUAGGUGGAAUAAAAAAUAAAUGGUAAUUAUUAAU